AUGAGCGUCGCCUACGAGCCCAGGUCCUUUAUACACGAAGGAGCCUACCCCCCCAUUGGGGAUGAGCACGAUCAUGGCACCGAUCAACGUUUCACAGACUCGGAGGUCGCCGAGCACCUCAGCCAUUACACGGCCGAUGCGUCCCUCCUGGGCGACGAUCGGGGCAUCAUGGGCGACGACGGGACCGGCUUGCAAGAUGCCGCGCGGCUGGACCUUGGCGCGAACAGGUUUCAGUCGCCUAUUCCAGUGUCUCUGCAUGCGCCGUCAAUACCCGAGCCCAUUUCGGAGAGCAAGGACGCCUCGCCGGGCGUUGAAUCACCGCCCUCGUCGCGGGUGAAGCCGAUCCCCAAGCCUGAUCGAGACGUCGCGAAGCAAGCCGAUGGCAAGUUUCAUUGUCCCCUGGAUGACUGCAAGGAGGAAGUUCGCGCAUUUUCCCGAAAAUGCGAAUGGAACAAGCACAUGGACAAGCAUGAGCGGCCGUACCGAUGCCCAGCCAUGGGAUGCGAGAACCUCCCUGGCUUCACCUACUCGGGCGGCCUGCUGAGACACGAGCGCGAAGUGCACGGCAAACACGGCGGUCCCAAAAACACAGUCAACUGCCCGCAUCCAAACUGCAAGCGGCAUUCCGGGAAAGGGUUUUCGCGGCAGGAAAAUCUCAACGAGCACUUGCGGCGCGUGCACACCAACGGCGACGGGGCGACGCCGCCCGCCGACUCGGUCGCGUCUCCGGACGGCAACGAAAGCGAAAAGUCGGGCCAGAAGCGCAAGCGCCGAUCCAGCGGGCCGGGCGACGACCUCGACGAGCUUCGCGACGAAAUCAAGCGAGUGCGCGAGGAGAAUGAGAAACUCAAGUCGGAGAUUGAGCAGCAGUCGCAGCAUUCUCUGGCCAUGAUGGCCCAGAUUGCAGAGCUACAAGACACCCUGCGACAUGGGCUUGGACAGCACAGCUUAGGAGCACCAACGGCGCAGAUGAUUUAG